CUAGCUCAGACCCCCCAUCCCUUUGCCGCCGCCGCCCCCUCCCGAUCCAGUCCUCCGUCUCAUCCCCCUCCUCUCCCCUCAACCGGCGGCCAGAUACGCCCUACCCACUCACCCAACUCCCUCUCAGUCGCCGCCAUCUAGGCCGGCAGCCAUCUCCGGCGCGCAGGAGAUCGAUCGAUCGGCGCAUGCAACGCGUCGGUGACCAGGGAGGGGGCAUGGAGAUGAUCUUCGGGGGCGGGGGCGGAGGCGGAGGGGAGUGCUCGUCAUCGCCCGCGACGGCGGUGGCGUUCGCGGCCACGUUGGCGGCCGAGGCGGAGGAGCGGAUUUGACCUCAUCAACUCAUGGUGCGGCUGACGCUGGAACAGACGGCGAGGGAGGCCGCGCUGGCCGGCUGCCUCACCACAUUCCUCGACCUCUCCCACCGCUCCUUCACCGACGUGUCGUGCCUGGGGAGCUUCAAGAACCUGGAGCGCCUCGACCUCGGCCACAACUGCCUCGUCACGCUCGAGGGCUUGUCCGCAUGCACCAAUCUAAAAUGGCUCUCAGUCAUCGAAAACAAGCUUGUGAGCUUGAAAGGUGCCGAAUUCCUCUCAAAGCUACAGACCUGAAGGAGCCCGUAUGCAAGGCACCUUCUCUCUGGUGGUGAGAGCGUCCAAGGGUCGUUGGUGCGGCUAAUGUCCAUGUCCGUGGCCGCGCCUGCCACCGCCCUCUCUCCAAGGGUGCAGCCAGGAAGACGCUCAAUGACCAGAUCGUAGUCCUCUCCAAGCGGAGGGGACAGCUCAAGUGAUAGCUCACAUGGAAAGUGCUAUGGAACAAGAGGUGCCAGAAGGUGGAGAACAUUCCUUCACUCCGCACAUUCCUUCACUGGUUGUGUUUUUUUUGGUUGGUGCCAUCUUUUGUUACUAGUUACUAGUGCACAAUAUGGACAUGUGCAAUCUUAUGAACAUGGGGUAAUGAUACUAAGCUACUAGUUGUGUUAUUUUGGUUGGUUCAUCUUAUGAACCUGUGGUGUAAUGAUACUGUUGGGCCUAAAUUAUUGAAAUCCUAGAGAAUUCUAUUAUUAUUGUCAUUA